AUGGACCACCAGGAAAGAAUAUUGCUUUUCCUGACAGUGUCCGUGGUCAUUCUAUCUUCAUCCUUUGCAGCCAAUUGUCAACUAGGUUAUGAUGAACGUGUAUUUGCUGUUUAUAAUGAUAAAAUAUCGUGUGAGUCUGCUGGCCACUGUUGGGACGAUGAUGUAACCAGUGAAAUACCUUCAUGUUAUUACGACGGUAAGUACAGAUAUAGACUAAAUACUGGUUACUGUUGGGAAGACGAUGUAACCAGUGAAAUACCGUCAUGUUAUUACGACGGUGAAUACAGAUAUAGACUAAAUACUGGUUACUGUUGGGAAGACGAUUACAGAUAUAGAGUGAAUACUGGUUACUGUUGGGAUGACGAUGUAACCAGUGAAAUACCAUCAUAUUAUUACGACUGUAAGUACAGAUAUAGAGUGAAUACUGGUUACUGUUGGGACGAUGAUGUAACCAGUGAAAUACCGUCACGUUAUUACGACGAUAAGUACAUAUAUAGAGUAAAUACUGGUUACUAUUGGGACGGCGAUGUAACCAGUGGAAUACCGUUAUGUUAUUACGACGAUAAGUACAGAUAUAGAGAUGACGAUGUAACCAGUGAAAUACCGUCAUGUUAUUACGACGAUAAGUACAGAUAUAGAGUGAAUACUGGUUACUAUUGGAACGGCGAUGUAACCAGUGGAAUACCGUUAUGUUAUUACGACGAUAAGUACAGAUAUAGAGUGAAUACUGGUUACUAUUGGGACGACGAUGUAACCAGUGAAAUACCGUCAUUUUAUUACUACGGUAAGUACAGAUAUAGAGUGAAUACUGGUUACUGUUGGGACGACGAUGUAACCAGUGAAAUACCGUCAUUUUAUUACUACGAUGAGUACAGAUAUAGAGUGAAUACUGGUUACUGUUGGGACGAUGAUGUAACCAGUGAAAUACCUUCAUGUUAUUACGACGGUAAGUACAGAUAUAGAGUAAAUACUGGUUACUGUUGGGACGAUGAUGUAACCAGUGAAAUACCGUCAUGUUAUUACUACGGUAAGUACAGAUAUAGAGUAAAUACUGGUUACUGUUGGGACGAUGAUGUAACCAGUGAAAUGCUUUCAUGUUAUUACUACGACUCUUGCAAUGACGGACAUUUUCGUGGAAGUUUGGGGCAGUGUAUUCCAUGUCACUGUAAAGUUCAAUGUCAUAAGAAAACUGGAGUGUGUAUGAGUGGGUGUGUGGAUGGAUACACUGGAGAUAACUGUCAAACAAAACAAGCUGCUCCACCGGAUCAACCAGAUGAGAUGGAAAUAGUAGCCGCAGUUGUUGUGAUUAUUGUCAUGAUUGUCAUAUUCUCUAUUGCAACAGCGUAUGUGGUCCGGGGCCGAAGAUGCCCUGCAUGGAACAAGGAUCCAAACCCUGCAACUAGAAUGACGACACAGCAUGAAACUAAUCCUUGUACGUUUCUAGAUGAACGACGACGACGUCCGGAGGAUUUAUACUGGUCAAAUGAGAACACCCCUAGAACACAAUUACGUAAUAUAAAUCACGGUACUCCUCGACAGAGCCCCCGUCCGCCUGUUGCUGCUGCUGCUGACGAAUUUCAAAGAAAUCAUAUGACGUCAUCGACAGACGAACACCCGAGUACUUCUAACGAAGUCGCGGUAGUAGCAUCAACGGAGAUUGAUUCUACACACGAUACAAGUCGAUACGAGCGAUCAAAUCAAUCCGUCGAUAAGCCUGCUUUGCUGAACGAUGAACAGGGAACGAAUGGUGAUGACGAUGAGUUACCCCAAGUUGAUGACGAGGUUGUACCCAGUGCGAUGCCACAGCGCCCAGCGAACAACGAUGACAAAACCACCGAUGUAAAAGACGAACAUCAAACUGUGGAACACGUGGGUGAACCUGAGCUACCGGUAAUACAGAGUGACGAACACCAAACAGUGACACCCGUGAGUGAACCUGAGCUACCGGCAAUACAGAGUGACGAACACCAAACUGUGGUACACGUGAGUGAACCUGGGCCAACGGUAAUACAGAGUGACGAACACCAAACUGUGGCUCAAGUGGGUGAACCUGGGCCAACGGUAAUACAGAGUACGUGUGUACAUACUACAGAGGAACCCGCCCAGUUGUCUGCCGGCGAGCCUUGCAAAUCAGAGAGAACUGAACCCCAACCCCCACCAGAAACGUUGGUGAAGAUUUGUGAUUUACCGAAGUACGUCCAAGAGAAGCGAUUAACAGAUUCCCUCAGAGAACAGUACAAAAGUUUCCCUGCCGAACCGGCUGCUGCUUGCACUACGGGAGUCCUUGCUGCGAAUAAACCGAAAAAUAGAUUCAAGAAUAUAAUCGCUUAUGAUCAUUCACGUGUUGUUCUGGAGAAGUUAGAAGAUGACCCAAACUCGGACUAUAUAAACGCCAAUUAUAUCGACGGUUACAAGAAACCAAAAGCAUAUAUUGCGACUCAAGGUCCAAAGAAAGAAACAAGUCAUGACUUUUGGAGGAUGGUUUGGCAGGAGAAGUCCCGCACCAUACUAAUGGCUACCAAUGUAGUGGAGUUGGGAAAGGUUAAGUGUUACAAAUAUUGGCCUAAGAUGUCAGCCGGAGAGACCUUCUAUGGUGGCCUGUCUGUCAUUAAUUUACACGAAGAUACUUAUCCUGAUUCUGUCGUAAGGACGUUCAGGUUAAAAAAGAACGACGGCGGAGAGGUUCGCAAAGUCAAGCAUUUUCAUUUCACCGCUUGGCCGGACAAGACAGUGCCGAUGUAUCCUUCCGCAGUGUUGACUUUUCUGUCAAGAGUGAAAUCUUUCAAUCCACCGAAUUCGGGACCGAUCAUUGUAAAUUGCAGUGCCGGUGUUGGUCGUACUGGUACGUUCAUCACUAUUGACUCCAUGCUAGAGAUGGCAGAAGCUGAAGGUCAAGUUGAUAUCUACAAUUUUGUCAAGAAUUCAAGAAAAGACAGGACAUAUUUUGUUCAAGUAUUUGACCAGUACGACUUUAUACACACCGCCAUUUUAAUAUCCACGGUAUGUGGAAUCACCGAAACGACUAAAAAUGGAUUCAAAUCAAAGAUAGAGGUUCUUAAAAUGAAAGAUGCGAACACAGGACUGACUGGAUUUCAACAAGAAUACAAGAAUCUUGAAAUAGUUUGUCCCAUCCCCACCGAGAAGCAGAUGAAGGCUGCCGUCUCAGACGAGAAUGUGAAAAAGAACAGGUACAAGGACAGCUCUACGCUGCCACUGGACUUCUAUCGACCCCGUUUAAUGACACGUAUAGACGACGAGCAGUCGACUGAUUAUAUCAAUGCUAGUUUUGUAACGGUGAGUCAAUAG